AUGAAAUUAUUAAUAUCAGUUUUAUUAUCAUUAUUUUUAAAUGUGAUUAAUGUAAACUCACAAAUAUAUACAUCAAAUUGGACAUCAAUAAAUUCAAGACCUUUACCAUCAUGGUAUGAUAGUGUUAAGUUUGGAAUUUUUAUACAUUUUGGUGUUUAUUCAGUACCAGCUUAUUCGGAUGGUGGUUAUGCAGAAUGGUAUUGGUGGAAUUUAGAAAGUGGUGAUGAUAAUAACUCUACAAAACAAUGGCACGGUGAACAUUUUGGACCAAAUUUUAAAUAUCAAGAUUUUGCUCCAAUGUUUAAUUGUAGAGAUUUUAAUGCAAAUGAUUGGGCCUCAAUAAUUGAUAAAUCUGGUGCAAAAUAUGUUGUAUUAACCUCAAAACAUCAUGAAGGUUAUACAUUAUGGCCCUCAGAGCAAUCAUGGGGAUGGAACUCUGUUGAUGUUGGUCCAAAUAGAGAUAUUGUUGCAGAAUUAACUAAAGCGGUAAAAAAUUUAGGUCUUCAUAUGGGCUUAUAUCACUCACUAUUCGAAUGGUUUAAUCCAUUUUAUUUAAGUGAUAAAUCAUCAGGUAACCCACCAACUAAAGAGGAAUAUGUUGAUACCGUUCUAAUGCCACAAUUAAUGGAUAUUGUUAAUUCAUAUGAACCACAUGUCAUCUGGGCAGAUGGGGAUUGGGAGCAAGCAUCAGACUAUUGGAAAUCAACUGAUUUUCUUUCUUGGCUUUACACAAACAGUUCAGUUAAAGAUGUUGUAGUAGUAAAUGACAGAUGGGGCCAUGGAUGUAGAAAUACAAAUGGUGGCUUUUUCACUGGUAGUGACGCAUGGUUACCAAAUAAACUUAUAGAUCACAAAUGGGAAAAUUGUGAAACCAUUGGGUUCUCUUAUGGGUAUGAUCAGUUUGAACCAGCCAAAGCAUACACAAACUCAACAAUUUUAAUUCAAAAAUUUUCACAAACAGUUUCAUGUGGUGGCAAUUUCCUUUUAGAUAUAGGACCAGAUGCUGAAGGUACUAUUCCAAUCAAUAUGCAAAACACACUUUUAGAUAUCGGUUAUUGGUUACAAAUUAAUGGAGAAUCAAUUUAUGACUCAUCACCAUGGAGAGUUCAAAAUCAAACUUCAUCUAUUUGGUACACCACAAAUAAAUCAAAUGGUGCUAUAUAUGCCUUGGUCUUUGAGUACCCCGAAAGUGGUCAAUUGUUACUUAACGAUCCAAUUUGUAAUUCAAACUCUCAAGUAAACCUUUUAGGUUUCAAAAGUGCCUCUAAAAUUACUAUUCAACUUCCAAAAUCAAACGAUCAGCCUGGUAUUACUUUAAAUUUACCAUUUGCCUCGCCACAAGACUAUCCACCAUUUGUUUAUGUAUUUAAAUUAGUUGGUUGUAACUAA